CCUUAAAAAAGUUCUUUAUUUACGCUACGGAACCAUUUUGGUGGUGCCAAACUUAAAAUAGUUUGGUGGGCCAUCACUAAACCGGAAUGGCUUGGUGGGCUACCUUUUUUUUUUUCAGUGUGGAGUGUCAAGGGAAUUAUUCAUUGGGAAAUUCUUCCUGCUGGCUGCACCGUCACUGCUGAUCUCUACUGUCAGCAACUAGAUCGAGUUGCAGCAAAACCUCAUGGGAAGCAGAAUAGAAUUUAUUUUCUGCAUGACAAUGCCAGAACUCAUAUUGCAAAGUUGACGCGUGAAAAAUUAUUGAAGCUCGGAUGGAUUACACUUCCACAUCCACCUUACUCUCCUGACUUGGCUCCAACAGACUACCAGUUGUUUCGUUCUCUUUCUAACUAUUUCGGCGACGAGAACGACCCCAGAAUAGAGCUGACCAACUUCUUCGCUCAAAAGUCUCAAGACUUCUAUGAACGUGGGAUUCUUUCUUUACCAACGCGUUGGCAGCAAGUCAUAAAAACUUUCUGCUCAACCCAAUAUUUCAUGUGGAUUAAUGUUUAUCCGUAUAGGCAUAGGAAAUCAUGGUAA